AUUACGUAUUGCGUAAUACACUGUCAACAGGAGGUCAGUUUUAAAAGGAGAUUACUACUGAUAACCUGGACAAAUCUGGAAAAGAGAGUUUUUUAUUUUUUAUUUUUCCUUAUACACUGAGACUUCUUAAAAUUACAUUCCUGCAAUUCUUAUAUAAGGACAGUGGAGUAGCAGCAAGAGAGGUGAAAAUGACAGAAGUUGGGAAUGACUGCUAUUUCUUUUUUUAUUCCACAUGCAUAAAGGGUUCCCAGUGCCGAUUCCGACACUGUGAAGAAGCCCUUGGCAGUGACACUGUGUGCUCAUUAUGGAGAGAGGGAAAAUGUUUAGAUCCACUUUGCAGAUUUAGACACAUGGAAAUGCAGCAAAACUGCAGCAUUUCAUGCUUCUGGGAAACUCAGCCUCUUGGUUGUGUGAAGAUCAGUUGUGUGUUUUAUCAUAGCAAACCCCGUAAUAUCAAUGGACUUUUUUUGCCACCAAGUAGCAAUGUCACACUACAAAAAGAAACCCAGGAAGGAAUUCUGCCCCCUGCCCAGAGUCAAGAACCUCUGAAACCUCAGGAGAAUAUUUCAAGACCCAUUCAUCCUCCAUUGGUUAUAACUAUUAACUUUGAAGAAGAGGAGGAUGAGGAAGAUGAAGAUGAAGAUGACAAGGAGAACAAUGCUUCUAGUUUGUGGACAAAGACUCCAGAGGAAAUUGAAGAAGAAAGGGCCAUAAAGGAAAUGUGCUAUAAGUCUGGUGAAUACUACAGAUUUCACACUCCUCCAGACAUUUCAGCAAAAAGCAUAACUUCAACAGUGGAAAAAGAGUUAGCAAAACCCUUGGAAAAUGGCAAUGAAUUGCAAGAAGGGGAUGGUCUUACAGUUCCAACGAAGUUCAAUAUAUUUGAAAGACAAGGUGAGAUAAAAGCAUCAUUGGAUGGAAAACCAAGAACUGACCUUGCUGCUUUUGAAAAUGGAGGGGGUGACUGUUAUGUACCACAAAGGAUCAUAUUUCUCGGAGUGGAUGAAAGUGAAGCUUUAACUGAAGAGAACGAAUUCAUGAUGUCAAAAGGUUCAAACAGUAGUAAAGAUAUCAAGGACAGUUCUCAUCCAAAGCGUCCAGUGACUACAAGACCAGUACCUACAACACACGUAUUAAAUGCUACUGAGAAUAUCAACACAAAAUGCAAAGAGGAUCCUUCUUCAAGUGAGAUGUCCUUGGUGAAUGAUGCUCAGUCAGCGAGGAAACCUAACUUUAAAGGGGUGAAAAAAAAGAAAUGGAUUUAUGAGGAACCAAAGAAUCCCCCAGGCACAGGGACAAGGAAAGCAGCACAGGCUCCAAACCCCAAAAACAAAAUGAGCUACCAACGAAAUGAUAAAAACAGGAACACAGAGAAUGCAUCCUAUGUUCACGUUCAGAGAGAAACCGUAAGGAGUGUUUCAUUGAACUCACCAGCACGUGGUAGGCCAACAAAUGGAACUUAUAACAAAGUCAAUGUUAACAAGGAACCCAAACUCAAUCUCUGUCCAGACAAAUAUACCUCAACAUCCUAUAAUGCUUCAACAUGGAGAAAAAGAAUUCCUUUUUCAAAAACAUACUCAAAAACUGAAAAGAUAUAUUCAGAGCCAAGAAGAAAUGGAAGCAAGUAAAACAGGAGGUUGAGAGAAGAAAAGGAGAAAAGAGAAAAGUGCUGGACAUCCUAUGAUUUACAAUCAAAAAUGAUAAAAAUGCAAAUUCAAAGAAUGAGAUAUUCAAAUUUCAAAAUUGGGCCCUCAGAGGUGACAUCUGAUGAAGUUAAAAACUAAUUGAAUGAAGGUCUCAGGGCUACAGUUUGACUGUGAUGGGUUAUUUCAGAGGAAUUCCAAUGUAAACACCAAACUUUGAUGUGUUCUAGACAGAGACAAAGGGAUGAGACUGAUGGGAUAAAUUGUGAACCAAGAAGCUCGAACCUGAAACCAAGGCCUAAAGAAGAUGAGGAGGGGGAGGCCAACAAAUGAGAGAGAAAAAUAACUGUUGAUGCGGGGGAUAUGAAAGAAAAUAGAAAUAAAGGGGAAAAUAGGGGCUUCUUAGAAGAACAAGAGUAGACCAACAAGAACUAUCCCUUGACUACUGAACUAAAGAAUGAAUUUCUGGGAAAGGAACUGGCUUUAAAUCAAAAGACCAUGGGACAGAUUUAGGGGGAAAAAAAAUACUCUCAGAGGAUAGUCUAGCCCUUUUAAAAUACACUAUUGAACCUGGAUAGAAUAA